CCGGCAGAUUCCCAGGGCUGGAGCUGGGAAGGUGCAGUGUCCCUUUAAACCGGGGGAUCCAGGCAGAGAGAGGGAGAGGCUGCAAUUAACCGGGGGAUCCAGUCUCCAAAAUCUGCUCCAACUCACCCCUCAUUAAUUUUGCAAAACAAAAACAAUCCGGAAUUCUCAGGGUAUUGAAUUGAAUUCGUCUCCCUCCAGUUGCAUCCCUCUCCCUCUCCCUCUCUCUGUUGGUUGUUGUUUAUUUGGGGGGGAAGGGGUUUGGGGUCUGUGAUUCUGACCCUGGCCCUGGCCCUGACCCUGACCCUGACAGCAGCAGCUGGGGGUGGGGAGGGGUGGGGGUCCAGCAGAAAUGGCCAAGGAGACGGUGCAAGUGCCGGACGAUGGCGAUUUCAGGUCGUUCCGGGAGGAGUGUCACUCGGAGAGCGGCUGGUCCCUGAAACACGACGGGUCAGGCAUCAGGGUCUGGGUGCAGAUGACCGAGGGAGACAGAGCCCUGCACAGGAUUAAGUGCAGGAUGUUCUGCAAAGACAUUUGCUCCGAGACCCUCUAUGAUGUUCUCCACGAUGCGGAGUAUCGCAAGAAAUGGGACGAGAACAUGAUCGAGACCUUCGACAUUGGCAAGCUGACGGUUAAUGCAGAUGUUGGCUAUUACGCUUGGAGAUGUCCAAAGCCAUUGAAGAAUAGGGAUGUGGUCACGCUGAGGUCUUGGCUACCAAUGGGGAGUGAUUACAUCAUCAUGAACUACUCGGUCAAACACUCGAAAUACCCACCUAGGAAGGAACGAGUUCGGGCGGUUUCCGUUCAGACUGGAUACCUGGUUGAAACCAACAGUGCCAAUAGCUGCACCCUCACUUACCUGGCUCAGGUGGACCCGAAAGGCUCAUUACCAAAGUGGGUGGUGAAUCAAUCAUGGCAGCGUCUAGCUCCCAAAGCGAUGAAGAAGAUAUACAAAGCUUGCCUGAAGUACCCGGAAUGGAAACACAUGCACGCUCCGGCCUACAAACCCUGGCUGCACCCGGAACAGAGCCAGCUCCUCACCAUCCAGCUCUCUGAGCUCGCCAUCCAACACGCCGACUCCCUGGAAAACAUCGACGAGAGUGGAAUUCCCGAAACCCGGGAUGACAAGGCUGAUGCCAGUGACGAAGACAGUGUGAACUGAAGAAGCAUUGUGCCCUCCCAACACGCCUCAUGUGCCAUGUACCCAAUAAAAAAAACACUUUCUUUAA